UAAGGGAGGCGGGCAGACAGGCAGGAAGGGGUCGGCUGGAAAUGUUUCUGCCUAUGGUUUCUGCUAGACAGUUGAGCAGACACUACUUUUCCUUUACGGUCCGUGGAACUAAGCCGUUGUGGGGGCAGUGGGAAUAAGAUCAACAGAAAGUGCCUUUGACAAGACCUCCCCUACUUGAAGCCGUACCGUGUUGAACACCUGUACCCCCUUUAAGGCCUCCUGCUCCGCUGUACCUCACCUGCAAACCGUCUGAUUCACUGGCCAAUAGAUUCACAGAUUUGCGCAUUAGGUUUUUCGAGGAGAGGGAGGAAACUCUUACAACGGACGGGUUUCUGCAGAUGUUGCCAUGAGGUCUUCUUGCCUGUCCUUUGACCAGGCGAUGUAGAGGACUUCACAUUUGAAUGUAUUGUAGAACCAGCUACCUUGGUUCUUCCUUGUAUGGCUGUUGACUUUUCCACAUUUUGUGUUUUUUUUUUUUGCCUUGAUACUCGAUCGGCUUAUGGACGACAACUCAUUUUGUUUCAAUUUAUUUUCUUUUUAACAAUGAGGGACAUCUCCGCAUAGGUAGAUUGUUUUAUUUCUCAGCACGUGUGACGUCAGGUUUUAACGCCUCCAAAAAGAUAACCCCCGAUAUCUGGCCAUGGCUUUGAAUAUGUCCUCGAUAAGGGACACAAAAUGGCUAACUCUGGAAGUGUGCCGGCAGUUCCAGAGAGGAACUUGUUCACGUAGUGACGAGGAAUGCAAAUUUGCACAUCCACCAAAGAGCUGCCAAGUGGAAAAUGGGAGAGUUAUUGCCUGCUUUGACUCUCUGAAGGGUCGCUGCUUAAGAGAAAACUGCAAGUAUCUCCAUCCGCCAUCGCACUUAAAAACACAGCUGGAGAUCAACGGACGCAACAACCUGAUCCAGCAGAAGACUGCGGCCGCCAUGUUGGCCCAGCAGAUGCAGUUCAUGAUCCCAGGAACCAGCAUGCAGGCCAUGCCCACGUUCUCCAUGGCCCAGGGGCUGGGCCCGAGCCCCGGCCUGAGCUACAGCCCCUACCUGACGCCCAUGAGCCACGGCAUGGGCCUGAUGUCCACCGAGAUGCUCCCCAGCAACCAGAUGCUGGUGUCGGGCAGCCCCACGGUCGCGGUCCAGAGCCAGAACGCCUCGAACUCCCCCUCACAGAAGCAGCGCUCGGACAAGUUAGAGGUGUGCCGAGAGUUCCAGCGGGGAACUGUGCGCGGGGCGAGAGCGGACUGCCGCUUCGCCCACCCGGGCGACAGCCCCAUGAUCGACACCAGCGACAACACGGUCACCGUGUGCAUGGACUACAUCAAGAGCCGAUGCUCCCGGGAGAAGUGGCAAGUAUUUCCAACCCUCCUGCACACUUACAGGCCAAAAAUCAAGUCCGGCCAGCAGCAGGUCAACCAGGCGGCCGUGGUGGCGCAGGCGGCGGCCGUGGCGGCCAUGACUCAGUCGACUGCCAAAGCAAUGAAGCGACCCCUCGAGGCUACGUUAGACCUGGCCUUCCCCCACAGCAUGCUGCACACCCUACCAAAGAGACAAGCUCUGGAGAAGAGCAACGGGGCCAGCCACCUGCUCAACCCCAGCUUCUUGCACUAUCAGCAGGCCCUGGCCAACGCGCACCUCCAACAACCCACCUACUUCCCCACAGGGUCUGUGUUUUGCAUGGCUCCUGCUACCAGUGUUGUCCCCAUGAUGUACAGUGCUGCUCCCGCUACUGUCUCUGCAGCCAACGCCCCCACCUCCAGCCCCUACGCAGCGGCAGCAGCGGCCAAUCAGAUCAUCCUCAAGUAACGCGUUGGGGGCCGAGCGAGUGCCAAGCAGCCCUGGAGCCCCUCUGUAAAUACCACGAGCACCCGCCCCCCGCACCGCAGACCGCACGCUGACACCUGGUCACCACGACGACCGCCCCGCAGGCUGCACGCCGACACCUGGUAACCAUGACGACUGCCCCGACGACCGCCCCGACGACUGCCCCGAUGACAACACGCUGAGACCUGGUUACCAUGACGACCGCCCCGACGACCGCCCCCCUGACGACCGCCCCUGACGACCGCCCCUGACAACCGCCCCUGAUGACCGCCUGGUGCGUCCUCACCUGUACGAGGAACAGCUAAACCCCCGCGGUACCGCCCCGGUGUCCGGGUGUGUGUCACGUACCCGUACUAACGGAAUCCAUAUUGAUAUUUCUCUUGUUUUUUUAAUAUCUUUUAGUGUCAAAUGCAAAAAAAACUAAAAAGGUGUCUCAUGCUUACAACUGUUUCUUUCUGACAGACUGUCCACUAGGAUGUUUGGGUUUGGUGCACACGAAAAAAAAAAAAAAGGGUGACAUUUUUAGAGAAAAGUUGAAACAUAAUUCUGAUUGUUAUCCCCAGAGUGUAAAGCCUACAUGCUCUUGAACAUUUUCCUCAUGGCUUUUUAUCCCCAUGAAUGCCCCCUGAGGCAGGCCCAUGUUCUGUUCUUCUUCUGACGCGCUGCUCGCACAACAACAGCAUCAGUGCUCCACCUGCUGGCGUGCCUUGGCCUUGCAUACGUGUCUGUUCAGAGGCGAAUAGAUAGACCUGUUGAACUAUUUAAUCCGCUUCCCAGCAAUAAGACAUGGCAGUUAAGUUAAGAGUCAAUUCAAAACAUAUACUAAGCAACACGUGUGGCAAUAGCCCUAGAUUGUGUCGCCGCAUAGACCGAUAGACAGACCGUUUCCCGACGUACGCGUGUGGUCGGAAAACCCUUAAUGUAAUCACAAGUGGUAUUGAGAUUUAGUUAAAGUAGACCUACGUUCAUGUUUGGCUGGCUAGUGUGCUUUUACUCGCUACGUAACUGAGUUGAUUGUUCCUUUUAGUUUUUCCUUUGAAUGUUAGAAGUGCCUAAAGAAACGUGUAUGUAUAAACGAAGAAGAGUUUAGAAAACGACGAGAACAUCACUGACAGUGCUAUUCCUUUAAUCACACUUACAGCUGAGGCACAACCAGAACGACAUUAAUGUAAGGCUUACUCUGUGUUAGGACGCUCUGUUAAGCCGCUUCGAUUUUGUGGUUUUUACUGUAUUGCGAUAAUUUAGUUGCUACUAUCAAGUCUCAGAUUUAUAUAAUGCACACACAUGCAUACACACCGUUUAUUUGUUAAAUAGAAGUAUAGAAAAUUGGCCAUCCUUCUCACAUUAUGCAAUUUAAGGUUCCUAGAUGUCAAGUGUAUAUGGGAGGGGUUGACCUCGCUAAUCAUGGUCUGGUUGAUAAGAGUUUAAACGAACACAACGAAACACGCUUUAUUACUCUUUAGUAUGUAUCCAUUUUAUGGUUUUGUUUUCUCGUGUUUGUGUUUUACCUUUGCUAUUUAUUUCCUCCACGAUGUAUUUGCCUGGUGACCUGAAAUUAGUUCCAUUUAAAAAAAAGAAACAUCCCAAGAGGUUGUGUGCUAGGACUGAGAGUAGACCCUUAAAGAGCCAGUGGACCCAGAACCCAGAGCUGUGUGGAUCUCUGUCUGGGUCGCUGGUUACCGCGCCCGCCCAGAGAAAGUUAAACUUCCCGGACACACGCAGAAACGCCACGGUGUGUGUGGAUGGUGAGGCUCCGUGUGAGCAGCGAUGUUUUCAGUGUCUGCGUCCGAGUGAGGGUUAGGCUUCCCAGGAGGUAGAGCAGUUGUCUUGUAACCGAAAGGUUGCUAGUUCGAUCCCCAGCUCCUCCUUGCUGAGUCUUGAUGUGUCCCUGAGCAAGACAAUGAAGCCUAACUGCUCCUGACGAGCUGGCUGUCGCCUUGCAUGGUUGACUCUGCCGUCGGUGUGUCAAUGUGUGUAUCAACCGAUGUAAGUCGCUUUGGAUGGAGUCUCCAACAGCAUUUUGCUUUGGAUAGAGUCUCCAGCAUUUUGCGUCUGCUAAAUGCCCUAAUUGUAAUUCCCAGACACUUGUAGUGUACCGCUACGGUCGUGUGGCGGAUUGAAUAUACAACAUCGCUCAUUAUAAAGUUAAGUAUAAAAAAGUGGGCGUGGGGUCGUAACCACCCCCCCUCCCUCUUUCCUAAAACUCUCAGCCCAAAACUAAUUUGGUAAAACCUCCCUAGUGUUGGGGUCCCAUUCCGAGGCGGUGGCCUCCCUGGCUCUCUGAACACACCGUCCUCAACGGAUCGGGUUCUCGAGGACGCGUGGACGGCUCUCCCACCGCAGUGCUCUCCCUUCCCACCUGGUUUUAUUUUGUCACUUCCAGUUGUGUUCUAAAGUGAAUGUAAGUUAUUACAUGGACCUCCGCUGCAGGGGUCCCUAGGGCCCUCCGGGGGCCUCUCCGGGGCCCUACGGGGGCCUCCAGGGCCCCCCGGGGGCCUGUCGUGUUACGCCGGCCUGCGGAAGGCGUUUUGUUCAGGGAUGUUAAAACAAUGGCGAGAGAGGGGCUCAUUCUAGGCGCUGCCUUGUCUAGCCUACACAGGACAACACACCUCGUAUGAGCCAGGCCAUAAUUAUAUAGCUUUUAUUAUAUAUAUGUAUGAAAAUUGUAUUAUAUAGGUCACAUUUUAUAAAAUAAAAACGAGAAAAAAAAUGCAUUAUAACGUGGUAUACUAUAACUAUAACUGCUACAUUUGUUGGAAAGAUACAAUGUUGAAAACUGUAUUUUUGUAGAUGACCUAUUUAGAUUUGUUUUUUGGUUUCUUUACAUCCACGUUUGUUAGAUUGUACUGACAGUUUGAUUUUCUCAUUUAAUGGCAAAUUUAACCUGUACAUUUUUUCAAUUUAUAGGUUUUGGUAUAUUAAUUCUUGUUUAAUGAAUCGUUUUGUCAGCGUAUUAUAGGCUUGCAAAGAAAAAAAAAACAUUUCAUCAAUAUAAUUGAAAUCCAUACACAACGUGUCCACAAAUUGGUUUGCGCUUCGGUUGCUGUUUAAGAAUUGCACUUUGUUCCUACAAUUUGUUAUUUUGUUUUUUUUUCAAAUUGCUAAUUUUCUUUUUAAUGUUUUUAUGUGUUUGGACAAUUUUUACCUAAUUUAUUUCAACUGGAUGUUCAUUUUACUUUUAGGCAGAUUGCUUGAAUGUCAUACAGCUAGAUGUGCACGCGCGUCAUUUCAGAGUUGAAAUCACCCUUAAGUCAUCCAAGAGGUAUGGACACGACACACAGAAUGUUUGCUCUUUUACAAACCAGAUAGAAACAUUAUUUUCAAGCACUUUCUGAGCAGUUGGAGAACUGUCUAGACAAGUUCCUCAUGAACUCUGCCUUACCGCUGACCCAACCCGCGUUGCGUUCAUAGACUUGUUUUUUCUAGCAUGGUAAAGUAAAAUAAGAAACUUAACACACAUAUAGUCUGUAAAAUCAUCACAAGAGUAUUCCGUUUGAGGACAAAAUGGGGGUAAAAAUAUACAAAAGAGACUCUUACUGACGUUGCUGGGCCUGGAGGAAAUGGAGAGAGAUGGAUUGUUCUGAUGAAAGUCUGUAAACUCUUUUGGAUGACGAUGUUGUGCCAGUUACCCGUGGUUCCAUCUGUCGUUCUAUAGACUGGGCCUUAGUAUAAUGUUUUACUUUUGAAUUGGUUUAUGUGACACUCUUAAAUAUUUGUGUAUAAUUAUGUUUUUAUGUUUGUGAAUAGUUUUGUUCAAGUAAAUCAAAAACUGUGUAAAACCUAAUCUUAAAAAUUAUAAUAAAAUUAAGUACUAUGCUUUAAACCGUG